AUGGCGUAUAAAGGUCGGGCCUUGUUGCUCGCGGUCUUUUUGUUUGCUUUGUGCGUCUUCACCUUGAACGCAGACUUCAAUUCAGAAGGAAAGAGCAACAUGUUGGGAUCAUUGGCUUCUGCGAGCGUAAUGCUCUUCGCUCAAAGCGCACUAGCAUCCAAGUCUGACAUCCGUUUCAACCAUAUUCAAGUCGUCGGAACGCACAACUCCUACCAUCGUGAAGUCUCACUCGCCGAGCGACCAGUCUUUGAGAAAUACGUACCGUCCCCAGAGGACUACUACUACUCGCACGCAGAGCUCGACAAUCAAUUGGAGUACCAGUCCGUGCGCUCUUUCGAGCUCGACUUACAUUCGGAUGAAAAGGGCGGCCUGUACUAUCCCCCUGUCAUAUGGACGCUAUCAAACUUGACAAACGCCACCACUCCUUACAAUGGUGACAUUCUGAAGAAGCCAGGUAUUAAGGUGUUCCACGUCACAGACUUCGACCCAGAUUCUGUCUGCCACACGUUCAUCGACUGUCUCAAGCAAUUAAAGAGUUGGUCAGACGCAAACCCAAGACAUGUCCCUAUCACCAUUGAUCUCGAGCUCAAGACCGAUGCGCCGGCAUGUUCGUUAGGCGGUGUCUGCCCUGGCGAAGCGACAAACUGGACGCUCCCUCGCCUCUUGAAUGUCGACGCGGAGAUCCUCUCCGUAUUCCCUAAGAAGCAACUCAUUCGCCCCGAUGACGUGCGCAAGAGUGGUCUUACCCUCGAGCAGUCCAUCCUGCAACAAGGCUGGCCGAAGCUAAAGGAUGUUCGCGGCCGCCUCCUGUUUUUCUUCGAUAACGACCCAAAACCCAGUGACCCCAACUCACCUCGCGAGCUCUACAAAACCGGCGCCCCCUCGCUACAAAACCGCACUGUCUUCACCAAUGCGCUCGAAGGAUCCUCUGAUGCUGCAUUCAUCAAAUACAAUGAGCCGCGCGGGAAUGGCACAGCAGAUAUCCAGCGUCUUGUCAAGAAGGGCUACUUGAUCCGAACACGUGCUGAUAUACCCAUCGAUACCAUCUUGAACCGCACUACAGAGAUGAGGGACUUAGCUUUUGAGAGUGGUGCGCAGAUUGUUAGUACCGAUUUCCCAGCUUGGGGCAUGAGUAGUCGAUGGGGUUGGGAUUAUGUCGCCAGGCUUCCCGGAGGAUUGGCUGCGAGAUGCAAUCCUCUUAUCGCACCGGAAGGCUGCAAGGACAAAGACCUGGAGUAG